AUGGGAAUACACGGACUAUGGGAGCGAGUCACUUUAUCUGCUGAAAACCGAACUCUCAAGGAACUCGCAGUGUCAGAGCUGAAGACUGAAGACGUCGAAGGCGACCACAAGCUCCGAUUAUUCAAGAUUGGGAUUGAUGCUAGCCUGUGGAUGCACAGCGUCUGCGCUGUCUUUCGGAUCAAUCAUGCAGGAGCUGGAAAGUCGCCCGAAUUGCGGACAUUGUUCUUUCGACUGCAGACACUGCUGAAGCUGCCGCUGCAUGCAGUCUUUGUCUUUGAUGGCCUCGAGCGCUUGCCAGACAAAGGUCGCAAGGUUAGAAGCAGCCCCCACUGGCUCACCUGUGACUUCCAGCGCAUGCUGGAGUUGUUUGGCUUUCACUGGACUGAAGCCCCAAGUGAAGCCGAAGCAGAGCUGGCUGCCAUGAAUGUACAUGGUGUCAUCGAUGCUGUGAUGACUGAGGACAGCGAUAUCUUGAUCUUCGGAGCUCCAUGCAUCAUUAGAAGUGCGAAAAACGACAAAGACUAUCUCAACAUCCAGGUGUUCACGGAGGAUGGCCUUGAACAUGGCUGCUCAUUAACCCGAGGAGACCGACUGCUAAUUGCCCUGCUCGUAGGCGGUGAUUAUGAUGGUGGUGUGCCUGGCUGUGGUAUUGAAAUCGCGCACAAGGUGGCACUGCACAGUAAAAUCGGCCAGAUGAUGCUUGAUGCCUUCCUCACAAUGACGCCAGAUGAAUUCUCUGAGCGGGCUAAGGAGCUCGUUGAGGAUCUCCGUACCCUACUUUCUACUAAUCCUUACAAUUCGCUUGAGCGCAGGUACAAGGCAGUUGCGGACCACAUUCCUCAAGGUUUCCCUCAGCGUUCAGUAGUCAGCAAGUAUGUUCACGCUUUCACAUCUUUUUCGGCCGGUGCAGCUGCAUUGCCCUGGGACAUCUCGUUCUAUCAACCAGAUCUUGCGAAUCUUGCGGACUUUUGCCGUCAGCAUUUGGGCUGGGAGGAUGAUGUGAUCAUUGAGAAGAUGUAUGGGGGCAUAUGGGAGGGUACCUAUCUACGUGCGCUAUGCAAGUUGCCACAGCGCUCAACAGACCAGCCAAACCUUCAGCCGAAGCUCAAAGUCCUUUCUCAGUCGACGCUUAUGGCUUUGAGGCAUGACAUCGACGUUUACAACAUUAAGGUUGACUGUUGGCGCUUGGGGCGCAAUACUCUGGGAAAUGCAGCUACUCCUGGGCAGUUGUCUGCCAUGUAUAUGCAUGUUCCAAAGAACAUGACACGGCUAAAGAAAAAUUCUACCGAAGACAAACAGCCACCAGACACCGUUCACAGGCGAAAGAAGAGAUCGGCUGCCGAGAAGACAGCGUUAGCAGAUGUACAGAGGUGUAAGGAACAUGGUAUCAAAACUCACCUCCAGGCAAGCAACACGAGGACGAACUAUGCCGGGCAUGUUCGUCGUGGACGGGAAUGGCUGGCAAGCCACUUUGAAAGUUCUACUGUCAGUGAGACUCGGAGGGAUGACAUCUUUCAAGGCUCACUCGUUCCGCUGCUCACAACUGCUGAAAUAACUGCCGACAAUGACGUGUAUGAGGACCUUGCAUUCAAAGAUGCAUUUGAGAACGUACCGAACAGGUGCUCUGACAAAGCACUUGCGCUGUACAUGUCCCUGAAAGGAUUCCACGAGAACCUCAGCAAAACUACGGUUGAGAGCAUCCGUUCAGCAUUCAAGAAGAUGUGGGAGUUAUCAGAUGGCGAUACCUAUCGUGGCAAAUGGCACUUCAACGAGGCGAAACAGCGCUGGGAAGGAAAUCCCGCUGAUUCUGCAGACAUCUACGAUGUGCUGUCGUCCAUCAAGCAUAAGGCAAGUGCAGAGGGUGGAGAUCGGACUCACUCGAUGGCGAUGACGAAGGACUACAUGGAUCGGGCAUUCCGAUGGCACCAGGCUGCAUGUCCGCUGGAUAUUGCCCUGCAGAUGAUUGAGAAGGUGAUGAAUGGCGCUCAGCCGUCAGAUAUUUGUCUAGACUUAGAAAUGAGAACGAAACUCACCCGCCAUCUCGAGCAAGUCACAUUCGCAUCAAACGGAUGGACAUUAUGGACAAGGUGUUUUGAGCUUGUCAAACUGCAACGAAAGGACAUCUCACUCGAUACUACUGUUUUGGACGGUGUGCUCAAGACGUACCUUGCAAAUGAGACGCUAACACUGAGUAAGUGCACGCCGUACUUUGAGAUCUUUCUCGUGAACCGGAAGGGGUGGCAGAAAAAGGUAGACAAAGGCCAAUGGGAGGCGGACUUAAGAUCAAAUCAUUACAAGAUUUAUCCACGGCCUGAUGCACCAGCGUGCGACAGUUUCUUUUGGACGAUGAUUUGGAUCAAAUGGCUCGAAUUAUUCCAUUAUGGGCGCACCCUCCUGCCAAACGACUUCCUCUUUCCUGCCAUGAGUGCAAAUGGUGUUAUGCAUCCUGGACAGCCGAUCUCCCACGAUACUGUACAAAAAUGGAUCAACGAGUCUACUACUGGCGCUGGAAUCCGUGGUCAACGGUGGACACUUGCUAAAGUUCGUUGGUGGGGUGGAUGGGCUGAUGGCGAGCAUCGUGACACACUCGUUCGCUACCUUCUCGACGAACUACACUCAUACGAAACCGACUAUAGUGAUGCCCUUUCCCCCAUCUCUCGUGGCGCUGAUGCCUCUCUUGCUGGUGAACAUGCACUUACCAGACCAGCGUCCACAGAAGAGCUUCGCAUGGUGCACGCAUCUGUUGCGGCAGAUGUCAACAGCCUGCGCAAUGACAUGCACUCCCUAACAAGUGUUGUAGUGCAGGCUGCCUGCAGCACAGCAAUCGCCCUCCAACACCUCAAUUCAAGCCACCGCUUUACCAGUGUCUCUGAGUGUGCCUCCCGCACAACGACUCCACCAUAUACCACUCAACCUGUCGGAGGAGCACCCACCACAGCCGAACAGCCACUCUCACCCAGACCCAUUGUCAGUCCGAUGCCUACCGUGGCCCUAUCCACCUCCAGCACAUCACGACGGCCCCGAGCCUCCACCACGGUGUCCAGUUCACAGAAACUCCCUACACCUGGCCUCGUGAUCCCUCGGGUUCCAGUCGCUCAUCCCAACGGCACUUCCAGCCCAAAGAACAAAUCCUGGAAGGAAAUUGUCGAGCACUGGCUUGUUGGCGAUCAGGACCGAGGACUGACAACACCAUUGAAGGAUUGGCCAAGGGAGUGGUACCAAGGUGCCAAUAGACGGUUCGCGUCAAAGUACCACCAAAGGGCGACCAUCGCGCUGGAAUUCAUCAAUCAGUAUGAGUCAAAUGAGGCGCACUUCCUUGCAGCCUAUCCAGAGGCUGAGCUCGGCCACACACAACUUCUGAAGGCCGUGAACAAGGCACUCGCUGCACGAGGGGACCGCGUCUCUCGCAACAAAUGA